AUGGCUCCCUCUAUCAACGACGUCUCCAUCAGCCAGCCUGUCUCAGUCUCGGCCUGUCAAGUCGGCAUCAAUGGCUUCGGUCGUAUUGGCCGCAAUGUCCUCCGUGCUGCCCUAGUCCGCUCUGACAUCCAAGUCGUUGCCAUCAACCACACCUGCGUUACCGUCGAAGACCUCAUCUACCUUAUUCGCUAUGAUUCCUCUAUGGGUGAUCUCGACGAGCGAACCGAUAUUCAGAUCGUCUCCGAUAGCCUCAUCACCAUCGACGGCCGAAGAAUCGCACUCACCUCCGAGCGUGACUUGAAGAAGCUCAACUGGGCUGCCCUGGGUGUGGACUAUGUCCUCGAGUGCACUGGCAAAUUCACCAAGCGCGACCUCGCUAUGGAUCACAUCACCUAUGGUUCCGCUAAGCGUGUGCUCAUCUCUGCGCCUAGCUCGGACUCGCCUACUUUCGUCUACGGUGUCAACUCGGACUUGUAUACUUCUGGAGAGGAGUGCCGUGUCGUGUCCAAUGCUAGCUGCACAACCAACUGUGUCACUCCUGUCUUGAAGGUGCUACACGAGACCUUUGGUAUCUCACAGGGUUUCUUGACUACUAUCCAUGCUGCCACUCGCUCUCAACAAGUGUUGGAUGGAUAUAGCAAGAAGAACCGUCGUCUAGGCCGCGGCGUCUUCAACAACAUCAUUCCUACUACCACCGGUGCUGCCAAGGCAGUCGCUGCCGUUCUCCCUGACUUGAAGGGCAAGGUGACUGGUGUUUCCAUCCGUGUCCCAACACCCAAUGUCUCCAUGAUCGACCUCACCAUCAGCACCGAGAAGCCCACCUCCCUUGCAGAAAUCAUCUCUGCAUUCCGCGUGGCUGCCAAGUCCGACAUGGCUGGCAUCCUUCGCGUCACCGACGAGGAGCUCGUCAGCGCCGACUACAACGGCAGCCCCUACAGCGCAGUCAUCGAUGCUCCUGCGUGUGCAGAGCUGAACCCCCAGUUCUUCAAAAUUAUGGCUUGGUACGAUAAUGAAUGGGGAUACUCGAACCGCCUGCUCGAUUUGACGACUUUGGUCCACGCCCAGGAGGCUGCGUGA